AUGUCCCCUUCUGUAUCUGCCGGCGCGGCGUUCGAAUACGGCCCCAGGCGUAGUGCCAUUUUGCACAACCCAAAGCCGUUUGGAUUCGACCAUGCUGCAGCCGAAAGAGGCAUCUCUGCCACUCUGAUCGACCACAUUGUUGCUGUGAACCACACCGACUGUGAGCCGGGCGACGAAGACUCCUUCUUCGUCUGCGAUCUCAGCGAGGUGGCCAGACUGUUCCACAAUUGGCAACACAAGCUGCCCCAGAUCAAGCCUUACUACGCGGUCAAGUGUAACAACAACCCCCAUGUUCUCCAGGUUCUCAACCAAUUGGGGGCCAGUUUCGACUGUGCCUCAAAGGGAGAGAUUGAUACGGUUCUGGGCCUUGGUGUCCAUCCAGACAGAAUCGUUUAUGCCAAUCCGUGCAAGUCUAGUUCCUACAUCAGAUACGCCAACCAGGUGGGUGUCAAUCUCACCACGGUUGAUAACAUUGAUGAGCUUGCCAAGAUGAGUCGCUUCCACCCACACUCGGAGAUUUUGCUGCGUAUCUCGACCGACGACUCCACGGCUGCCUGUCCACUGUCCACCAAGUUUGGUGCCUCGGUAGAAGACUGUUUCGAAUUGCUUCAAGCUGCCAAAGGUCUCAACCUCAACGUCGUAGGUGUGGCUUUCCAUGUUGGCUCUGGAGCUACCGAAUUUUCAGCCUUCGAGAAGGCUGUAGUUGAUGCCAGAGCCGUCUUCGACCGAGGAAUCUCCCUGGGCUUCAAUAUGAAUACCCUCGACGUUGGUGGCGGAUUUUGUCUGGCAACUUUUGACGAGUCUUCAAGAGUGCUCUCGGCUGCUUUGAACGAGCAUUUCCCCGAAAAUGUGGAGUUCAUUGCUGAGCCAGGACGUUACAUGGUUGACUCGGCUUUCACUCUGGCUUGCAACGUGAUUGCCAAACGGUCUGCUGGCCAGGAAGGUUCCAGAAUCUACGUCAACGAUGGUGUCUACGGAAAUCUCAAUUGCAUCGUCUACGAUCACCGUAUCGUGGAUGUUGAAGUGUUGACCUCCAACGGCAGUUUCGUUCUCAACAGCACUGGCUCCACCAACCCGAACAUUGCCUCAGUAUGGGGACCAACUUGUGACGGUCUUGAUUGCAUUUCUGCCGAGACCAAGUUGGCUCAUCCCGUCGAGGUUGGUGAUUGGUUGGUUGUCAGAAGCAUUGGGGCCUACACCUCGUCUGCUACGACUUCAUUCAAUGGCUUUAAACAGCACGCUGAAGUGGAGUAUAUUGCUACUGACAGAAACAUCUCCAUCGAGUAA